UCUUUCUUUGAAUUGAUUUUCCUGCCGUAUUUUCAGUACAGAAGACACUUGGCAGGAGAUGGUCUGUGGAGGAAGGCAAGAGCUGGUGUCUGGAGAGGAGCUUGGGCAGCCCUGCCCCUCUGCUGCAGCCUGGCCACGCAGCCACCCCCUCAGCUGUCCCCAGCUCUUCCCUAGCCCAGCCCAAAUCCUGUGGAAAACAACGGGAAAACAGCAGAUUCCUCCGGGUGCCUUGGAAUCAGCAUUGAAGCCCCUGUGCUUUCAGCAAGGACGGUGUUUCUUGGGGUUUAUGCAGGAAACAAAAGAGGGAAGCUCCCCAGGGCACUGCUCCUGGCUGGGAUGCAAAACCCCUGGGUGCUGAGGUGUGUCAGGGCAGCCUGGAUGUCUCCUCCUCAGAGCACAGCCUGGCUGAGUGGGGGUGGCUUGUGGAAUUUGGCAGGUUCUGAAGGGGAAGGCCCUGGGCUCCCCCCAGGCUGGACAGCCCUGAGCUGAGCUUUUGCUGCUUUUUGAGCCCACAGCAGGUCCUGCAGUGACAAACCUGGUGUUCUAAGCCUGUUUCACCCCCCCUUUAUGGAUGUGGCUGGAAGCAGAACUGAGAUGAGCAGGAUGGUCCUGUGUGGUCCUUGCUCCCUGUCCAGCAGCACUGCAUUGGGCUGGUCCUUUCACAUCUGAGGGGAGAACAUUUGGGUGAACUUACCACGGGAGGAGGGUGGAACAAGACAAGCUUUAAUGUCCCUUCAGCCCAAACCAACCUGUGAUUCUACCAGAGGACAUCCUGAGUUGGGAGGGACCAACAAGGAUCAUGGAAAUCCAGUUCUGAACCUGGACUCUGAAAUGCAACUAUGAUUCUUCCUGCUCCAAAAGGCACAAAUAAAUCAAACAGGUCAAGUUCUGUCAUGGGAGAGGGAAAAUGAGGCUAAUGCAGAUUUGGGCUGCAGAGCCUGAGCAUCCUCUGAAUAGCUCCAGCACUGCCUCAGCUCCUGGUGGUGCAGGGAGUCCUCGGGCAGGGCAGGGCAGGGCCCUGCACAGUUUGCUGGGGAAAAACCCCUCGGGGUCACUCUGCCAGGGGCUGGAUUUUGGCCUGGACAUUCCUCAUUUCAAUGAGGGAAGGCAGAGCCCAGUGUUGGGAAUGCUGAGGCACCAGGCUCACACCUCUGAGUCCAGCUCAGUGGCGAUGGACCAUCACCCCCCCAGAGGGGCCCACGCCUGGAAGCCCAGCAGAGCAGCCACCAUGGUGCACUGGUCAGCAGAGGAGAAGCAGCUCAUCAGCAGCAUCUGGGGCAAGGUCAACGUGGAGGAAUGUGGGGCCGAGGCCCUGGCCAGGCUGCUGAUCGUCUACCCCUGGACCCAGAGGUUCUUCUCUAACUUUGGGAACCUCUCCAGCCCCACGGCCAUCGUUGGCAACCCCAAGGUCCGCGCCCACGGCAAGAAGGUGCUCACCUCCUUCGGGGAGGCCGUCAAGAACCUGGACAACAUCAAGGGCACCUACUCCAAGCUGUCGGAGCUGCACUGUGAGAAGCUGCACGUGGACCCCGAGAACUUCAGGCUCCUCGGAGACAUCCUCGUCAUCGUGCUGGCCUCCCACUUCGGCAGGGAUUUCACCCCCGCCUGCCAGUUCGCCUGGCAGAAGCUGGUGGGUGUCGUGGCUCACGCCCUGGCCCGCAGGUACCACUGAGCCCCCCGGGCAGAGCGGGAGCACGGGGGGAUGUCCCGGGGGACCCCUCGGGCCGUGACCGCCAAAUAAAGGCCUCCAGCAUCACCCGCAGCGUGUC